AAGCAUAUUGUAAACAGCACUAACCUACUUUCAGUUUCACAAAAUAGUUUUUAUUAAAUUUUUAGGUCAAUCUGUUUGUAGAAAAUGCACCAACGUUCUACAUGGAUUAUAAGAGAAAUAAAGUCUGAAACAUAUUGAUGACAGCUGAAGAAAAUAUAUAAUACAUGAAAGACUACAGUAACACAUUACAAUGUCGGAGGCAAUGUCAUUAGACAGUUCUGAUGUGUUUGAGGAUACCACUGAAAGUAUAGUAGAGUUUGUAGAGAAGAAUAGUACAAAUAAUAAGAUAAAGGAUUUGUAUGACAGAUGGGAGACAGUAUGUGCAAAUUUACAGAUUGAUCUGACCUAUGUAAGAUGGAAGUUGGACAAAUGGUUCCAGCACUGUUACUGUGCAUGUAAGGAAGUAAGGAAGCUUUCAACUGAAGUUUCUCCUGAGAUGGCAUUAAAGAGGAAGGAAGAACUUUUUGAUGAAUUUAAGACAGAAAUUGAAGAACUAGUUAAAAGCGAGAAAGAAGUUUUCAUUAACAAGGUUAAGAUAGAGGCAGCUAAAGGAGAAAUCUUUAGAAAUUAUGAACACAACCCAGAAGAUUGGAUUGACCGAGCCAAUGAUUGUGUAGAGAAAGAAAUAGAACUUAUGGCUGAAUUCAAGAAGGUGAAAAUUGCUGAGGAAAAGGCGGAGGCAAAUCAAAAAAUAGAAAAGGAACUAACAGAGGCAAAGCUGUUGCAAAAAAAUAUAUUAAAAUGUUUAGAGAAGAUGAGGAAUGAGGUGAACAAUUGGAACCAGUAUUACAAUAAAAAAGAAGAAAGCACCCAAAACUUGAAUAGAUUGCAAGAGUACCUUAAUCAGAUAGCAAAGAAUGGUGUGGUUGCAGAAAUCAAGCAACUUAACUUGACAAUAAGAGAUUGUGAAUCACGUCUAGAGAAAACUCGACAUCAGAUCAUUUCAAAUAAAGAGGAAGUGAUUAGAAUGUUUAAUGAUUUGUAUCAACUUCUGACCAAUCUUGUGAGGGAACUGACAGAACUUGUACAAGAUUGGAAGAAUGAGUUCAAAUUCCAGUAUGUUGAACUUGUGGCAUCUCCUAACCUGACCAACAUUGCAUCCUGGUGUGCACAGACUGGUAGGUUGAUUUAUGAUGUGAUAAAUGAAAGCCUUUGUAGCUGGGAAAACAUUUUGCUUAGUACAGAAUCAGGCAUAAAUGGUCUUCAAAAUUUCCAGGAAUUAUUCAACAGUCUUAUGAUAGAUCUACUUCAAAGUACAUUUGUUGUGACUGAGCAAGAAUGUUGUAUCAUAAAAGUGGAUAAAAAGCAUUUGCCUAAGAUCGUUGUCAGAAUGCUUGCUGCGGAGCAUUUUCCAGAAAGGCUGGAAACAGUCGCAGCACAUUUUGUUUUUGAAGAAGACAUAAACACUUGUUGCCAUGACAACUGUAUUGAGCUUACACAACUGAUGGAAAAAAUUGAUGACAGAGGAAUACACCUGAUGUCAAAUGUCUUCAAGUUUGACAAUGGAAAGAGGAGGGAUAAAUGUGAAGCAUGUUUUCAGACGUUACACUUCAAGGGUAAAUUCAGUCGCAAUGGUAUACAGACUGGAAAACAAGUGCACGAGGAGAAGAGCAGAAUCAUCUUCACAACAAGGAUCAAUAAUCAAGAUUACUUGGCCGCAUCACUUCCUCUGGUGGUGACAACUGGAGCUAAUCAGGGUUGUUUGAGUCAAGCUUCUGUCAUGUGGCAGUGUUUUAGCACAGAUGUGUACCAAUUUCCAAUACCCGAGAGUCAGCCGUUGCCAUGGUGUCAAGUGGCAGAGAUGUUACAAGCUAAAAUGCAGAAAUUGUGCCCCACACGGCUCACAGCAGAAAAUAUCAACCACCUUAAAACUAGACUAUUUGGUAAAAGUGAUGUGCAUGAUGAGGAACUUGUUACAUUGAAGAAAUUUUGUUUCGAUAAACUAGAGAAGACAGACAGUAAUGAUGACAACACACAACUAACUUUCUCAUUUUGGAAAUGGUUUAUAGGAAUAUAUAAUCUCCUUGAUAAAUAUCUCCUCAACUUCUGGAAAGAUGGAUUAAUCCUGGGUUUCAUCAGUAAGGAGGAUGCAAAAGAGAAGUUAAAGAGGUGUAAGAAUGGAAGAUCUGGUACAUUCUUGUUGAGAUUCUCUGACCAGAAUAUAACUGACAGUCAGGGAGUGAAGAGUGUGUUUGGUCAUCUAACGGCAUGUGUACUCAUUAUAAAAGAGGAUAUUACAGAUGGACGUAAGAAAAAGAAGAUUUAUGACAUGGACGUAGCUGGACAUAAAAAACUGAAGGAGAAAAAUCUCGCCAACAUUUUGAAGGCAACACAAGAGGUGAAAUCUGGCAAGAUUUAUCAAUAUCUUUAUCCAGGAGACAAAACAAGGGAGGAAACUUUUGAUAAAUACUGUGACAAAGAUGCAGUGGUGGCCGGAUACACUGGAAUUAGAGAUGCUUUCGUUGUACAUCUAGACCAGCAGUUUGCUGCUCUGGAGAUAACUUGUGGCAAGCAUGCACGUUCACCGUCUGUGGAUUCUGGGAUAGAGACGGUAGAUUUGUCCUCACCUCUCAACAGUUCACUCAGCUUCAGUGGACCAACAUUUAAUGCUGCAAAGAUAAAGAGACCAAGAGUUAGUGUGAGUCACCCAACCAUAGCAAAGAUCUUACAACAAGGUCAGUCUGUUGACAGUUAUCCUCAACAAGGAAGCUCAUUUGCUAUGCCAAGUCCAGUUCACAUUGGUCAAAGUCCAUAUUAUCAUGGUCAGAGCCCGGCUCAUCAAGUAGCGAGUCCAAGUUAUCCUCACACGCCAAGCCCAGCUUUCUCAAGUGCCAGUUACUCUCAAGAUACUAUUGGUUCCCCUUUCCAAACUCACUCAGCUGGGCACCAGCAACAAGAUACAUCUGAGCAUGGCUCUCUAAGAUUGAGUUCACUACCAACAGUUGUGGCAGACUUAUAUCCUACAGAAAAAGCUACCACAAACCCUAUGGGUUCACCUAUGCUGGGAACCAACUUAACCUGCCACAAUGAUUCUCAUUCAGCAAACAAAUCUCCACAGCGAAUCAGUUAUGAGCCCCAGCAAAUAGUUAUCGAAGAUGGAGAUUGUCACAUGUCAAUAGUCUCGUAUGAAUCAGGCUCUUCUGAAGUUGUAGUACAACAGCAAAGUGACCAUAGUUCCAUGGAAAGCACAAGCAGCUGCCAUUCCUCACUUUCCAACAGUCAGCUAAACAAUGGGGUUGCACUAUCACAAAUUGAGAAUCCCUACAUGGAACCUUUAGGUAAUAAUAUGUUCCGAUUACGAGAACCUGUGAGAUCAACGUUACCCAACAGCCAGCAAGAGAUCUAUAUGGGUCUUCAGAACAAUCCAGAUUUGGCUCAGAUCAUGGCUGUAUUAAAUACACAACCACCUGACAUUAUCAGAAGUCUGCAAACGUAUUUAGAACAGAAUGUUACCCCUGCUGCUCAUACUGACAGCCCUCAGGUGACCACAGGAGUUGACCUGGUGACAACUGGUAAUGUGGUCAUGGCAAGUACCAGUACACCAACUAUGAGCUAUUCUGGAAGUAUGUCUGAUGCAUUCAAUUUCAGUCCUACUGAAAUAGCAGAAGGAGAGGAAAUGAACAGUGGAACGAUUGAUACAAGUGUAUUUGCCUCAGUUGAUUCGAGCAGUGGGGGAAUUACGACCUGACCUACUUAAAUCUAUUUUUAUCUUCAGCAGAUUUACCAGGCACAGGAGGAUAUACAAACCGUCCUGCUUACCUUUAUAUCCUCAGUCUAUUCAAGUAGUUCGCGGUUUUAUUACCUGACCUACUUAUAUAUACAUGUAUAUUUUUAGUACUGAUAUAUGUAUAUUGUUAUCCCCCACCGAAAGGCGGUGGGGGAUAUAGAAAUAGUCUCCGUCCGUCCAUACUUCCGUCCGACAUUUUUGUCCAGAGCAUAUCUCAAAAAGUAUUUGAGGUAUCAACUUGAAACUUCAUAGGUGGAUAGGAGUGCAGUGCAGAAGAAUGAUAACUCUACCCUGCAUAAUUUUUGAGUAAUUGCCCUUUGUUAUUUUUCAAACUUAAUUUUUGUCCAGAGCAUAUCUCAAAAAGCCUUUGAGAUAUCAACAUGAAACUUCAUAGGUGGAUAGAUCUCACUCAGGAGAUGUGCAGUGCACAAGAAUGAUAACUCUACCCUUCAUGAUUUUUGAGUUAUUGCCCUUUGUUAUUUUUCAUACUUAAUUUUUCACCUAAGUGGAGCUUAACUCAAAAAGUCAUUGAGAUGUCAAUGGUGGAUUUAUCUUAUUGAGGAGGAAUGCGGUGCUCAAGAAUGAUAACUCUACUUUUUAUAAUUUUUGAGUGAUUACUCUUUGUUAUUUUUCAUACUUUUUGUCCCGGAGCUUAUCUUAAAAAGUGUUAGAGGUAUCAACUUGAAACUUCAUUUGUGAAUAAAUCUCAUUGAGGAGUCUAGUUAUUGCCCUAUAUUUUUAAGCCAUCAGUAUUCAUAUAGGUUUCAAAUCUGUUAUCACUUCAGCAUCAGUUUUCAUUACCAAAAGACCUCUUAAAAUUGAAUUAUUCUGCUCUACUACAUAUAUAUUCUUCCAAUGAGCAAACACAUUUGGCGGGGGAUAGCCAUGUUAUAACAUGGCUCUUGUUAGUUUAGUAAUAGAAAGAUUUUUGUCAAGUUAUAUGGGCCUAUGUAAAUGAUUGUUUACGCAUAAAAUCGAAGCUGCUGAGUGGCUAGCCGGGUUAUACAUGUAUUUCAAACUGUGUUUAAAUAUGUAUCACAAUAAUCUAUUAUAAAAUCUUUUAUAUACAAUUUAUAAUAUAGCAAGCUUGCUUUAUUAGAGAAAAAGAGAAAUUGCUUCAUGAAAUGUCAGCUGUCAUGUUCAACAGUAAGAGCAUGUACUUCAAUUGAGUUUUUUAUCAUUAAAUUUCCGUGAGAUGUCAGUAAACCAUUAGAAGCUGAAAGAAAUACAUAUACUCAAUGUAAAAGUUAUUAAGCAGAUGUUAAAGAAAACCAUUUAAUGCGUCAGCAUUAUUAUCACACUUGAUGGCUAUUCAUACUUGUGUUACACUGUAGCAAAUGCUUUGAAAUGUUUUGUGUGCAUUUGCACAUGCUCACUGUCCCAUUUUGUGUCCUGCAGGACGGACUUACCGGUGAUCUGUGUUGCUGGUUUGUGUUAGGGGAAUGUUGCUGUUGAUUUUGUUUCAUAUUUUUGUUUCAGUAUUUUUGUGAUAUUAUGUUUGGUUACAUUCCAUAAUUAUAGCUUCAAACAUUUUAAAAACACUAUUAAUAAUUUAGACCAACAUCGAAUGAAAAAAGUAAUUGUUCGUUUUGAUAUUUAUUUCUUCAUCUGCUUAUCAAUAUGAUUUAUAUUCUGUAGAUUAUGUACAAAAAAAAGAAACUAUAUUUUGUAGGAGUGCUCUUUACUAUUAUAAUAUUCUUCUUCUGAUGUGUUUGACUUUAGAAAUAAGUAAAGUCAAGCUUGACCCCUGCUCUUGUUUAAGUGCUUCACUUGAACAAUCUAAGAAUUAAAAUUUUUAUGUUUUUAAUGUUGUUCUUUUUACAACAGUUGAGCUCCUGUAAUAGAUUACUGAAAUAUAACAAUAUGGAAAUUUACAGGUAAUUUCUUAUUUUUCAUGAAAAAAUUAAUUUCACUGAAGUCAACGCAUAUUUGUUAAAUUUGUUUUAGUAGAUGCAAAUCUCUCCAAAAGACUUGAAUCAGUAUCCCAAUCUAUGUCUCUUUUAAUAAAAAUAUUAGGAUAAAAUGAAAAUAACAUCUAAUUUAGUAUUACAUUCAACACAACUAAACUCUGUAAUUUUGUAUAGUUAAAGAAAUGUCAGGCUAGGAAAAUACCUUUAAUUAAGUAGGAAAAUAUGGCAAAAAUGUAAACUUAUGGUUUAUAUGAACUUUAUAUGGACCUACGUACAAAAAAUAUUGUCACAUUGAUGUAGCUUUUAGAUUUUAGAUGACUUUUUGUUUAUAAAAUAUUAUAUAUUUUUACCUUUCUACAAUGGUUGUAUUUAAAGCUAUUGCAGUGCUAUAAUGAUGAUUAAGUGCUACAAAAGCAAAAGUAAUAUAUUUGUUUAUGUUCCUUUAUUUUGGCAACAGCUCAUGUUGUAUUUUUUGUAUACACCCAACAAAUUCUUUGGGAUGAUUUAUAGUAAGACGUUGUCUAUAUGUCCGUAUGGCCGUAGACAAUUGAUUUUAACUGGAUAACUUGUGAAAGAUAUCAAUGAUUAUGCUUAUAUACGACAUGUAAUUAUGUUAUAUCAAAAGACAGGCUAAGAUUCAUUUUUUCGCUGCAAUUAUCUUAUUAGAAAUUGAUAGCAAAAUUUCUGUGUGAUUUUUAGUAGCAUUACAGUACUUUUGAAAAAAUUCAAUGCUUCUGUUUAUUUUUGGCAUGCAAGUAUGUUACAUCAAAACUCAAUUGAAAUCUGCUUUUUUGUAGCUAUUAAAUCAUUGGUGAUAGAACUACAUGUAUGUUACAUUUUAUGAUUUUAAACCAUUAAUCGUCAAAGGAUAACGUUUGAAAAAUUUCAAUUCUUGUGUUGAUAUUUAGCGGUAAGAACAUUAUAUAAAAACAAGACUUGAGCUGGUGCCUGUUUAGAGUCUAGCCUGACUGUAUAAAUUUGAAACAUGGGUGUGCUCUUGUCUAAUUACAACUUUAGGCAAGUUAUUAAAAUGCUUCUAAAACUUCAAGGUUUAAAAGUUAAUGAUGCCAAAUGCAAUAAAACAAAACUGAGGAACAGGCGCACCGUUUUUGUUGUUGUUUUUUUGGUCUAGAUUGACUGUGAUAAAAAGAUGUAUACAAAUGUAUAUAGUUUAGUUAAUAGGAGGGUUUGAGUGCAAUUUUCCUUGAAUAUUGUUUCUGUUUUUAUCAGAUUUGUAGGCAUUACUUUUUUCAUGUUUUGUUUCAUGUUUUAUAUAUUCUAUAUUAUUAUAUGUAUUAUGUUGUUUUUUGUGUGUGUGUUUUUAUACUUUCGUUUUGAUUUACUGUCAGGUCAAAUAUGAAAUUAGAUUUUUUUUGUUACAAAAAAAAAUGACUCAUCUUUUGUAAAAGUGCUCUUUACUGUAAAAUUCUUCUAAAUGACUUAUGUUUUGUAUAAGUACUCAUUAGUGUAAAAUUCUUCUAAAUGACUUAUGUUUUGUAAAAGUACUCUUUACUGUUAAAUUCUUCUAAAUGACUUAUGUUUUGUAAAAGUACUCUUUACUGUAAAAUUCUUCUAAAUGACUUAUGUUUUGUAAAAGUUUCUACUGUAAAAUUCUUCUAAAUGACUUACGUUUUGUAAAAGUACUCAUUAGUGUAAAAUUCUUCUAAAUGACUUAUUUUUUGUAAAAGACCUCUUUACUGUUAAAUUCUUCUAAAUGACUUAUGUUUUGUAAAAGUAUUCUUUACUGUAAAAUUCUUCUAAAUGACUUAUGUUUUGUAAAAGUUUUCUUUACUGUAAAAUUCUUCUAAAUGACUUAUGUUUUGUUAAAGUACUCUUUACUGUUAAAUUCUUCCUCUGAUGUGUUUGACUUUAGAAAUAAGAAAAUAUCGAGCGUGACCCCGUUCUUGUUUAAGUGCUGCUUCCCUUGAUCAAUGUGAGAAUUUCAAUGUUUAUGUUUUAAGGCUUUUUGACUUCAGUUGAGCUCCUGUAACCAAUUACUGAAAUAAUAUAACAUGCGAAUUACAUGUAGUUAUAUUUGAUAUCCUAUGGAUUAUGAAAAAAAUUAAUUUCACUGACGUCAAUGCAUAUUUAAUUGAAGAGGAAUAGUUUAUAUAUAUAUAACGAAUAAAUGGAAUUUUCAGCAAAAGCUCCUUCUUUAGUGAAAACGAAUCUGAUUACUUUGCAGGUUUAUUACUUAUGCUUUCUGUUCUGUUUUUUUGUUGUUGUUUUUUACAUUUUUUAAAACAUGUUUUUUAUAAUUGCUUGUAUCAUAGUUUGGAGACAUUUUUAUUGAAAAUAUGUCAAAGAGUUAAAUCGUUUACCAAUAACUGCACAGAGCAUUAACUGGAGUGCAGAUGUCAGUUACUCGCACUCCAGUUACGGCACUAUCUGCUGGGGAUAAAAAAUAAAGCAUGCUCGUUGAUUGGCUAAACUAUUUUUGGGGUUUCAUAUUGUGACAACAGAGAAAGUGCUUUUUGCUUUUGCCUGUGAUACAAAAGAGAAAGACCAUCAAAACUCUUGGCAAUUUGAUAAAAUAAGCCUGCUUGUACAAAUCAGAUAGUCUCGUGCUUGAUACUCUUUCUAUAACUUGUUUCUAAUUUUUUAUGUUGAUAUGAUAUUAUCAUGCCUGUUUAGUGAACUAGUGAUAAUUACGUGUGCCAUUUAUGUUCAUCAUACAUUAAACAAAUAUGUAAAAUGUUGUAUAGCUUAAAUUUGUGUAGCUUUAUACUGCUGUGCAGUAAAUGCUAUGAUACCGGUGGGUACAUGUAUAUCCGAUUUUGUUUUUGGACUUAAUUCCUAUGCUUCAUGAUUGUAAAUAUUCUGUGUGUAUAGAUUUUAAUUGUUUGUAUCAUGUACAGAAUGUUUAGUUUAUGCAAGAUAUUAAAUCGGAAUAUUGAAUUACAGGGUUAUAAACUUAAUUAUAACAUAUGAAAGCAUCCUGAAUGAUUUGGGGAUACCAGUAUCAAAAUUGGAAGUUGGCCAGCUAAAAAAUUGCUUGGCCAAACUGCAUUAGUGUGAAGGCCAGGGUAACAUUAAAUUUUGAUCCUGUUGAAAAUUGAGCCCAUGGGUCAUUUUUCAACUUUGGGAACUAAACCUGGGUUAUGUUUUAAAGUGAGAAUUUACUCUGCCAAACAUUCAACAUUUAAUUUUGAUCAAAACGAUGUUGAGAACUGAUCGAUCGUAAAAUUUUGAUCAAAAUAGGGGAUAUUGUACAUUUAAGAUUGAGUUUUGUUUGUCUUGUAGUAGAUGUUUGGUUUGUAAUAGAGGAACCCCUGUUAAGAACAGAAUCUCUCGCAGGCGUCAUUUUACAAGCACAUCAAUCUUACUUUUCUGAAAUGAUCAGGGGAAGUAACCGUUGCUGGCACUACACACAUAGCAGUUACUUCCCUUGGACAUUACUUUACGUCAGUACUGUAAUAAGAUUGCACAUGAGAUUGAAAAACAUGUAAUAGAUCCUUAUGGUUAAUAUGCAUUCUAAGAAGGGUAGAUGGGUUUUAACAAGUGUGAUAUCUUUUGAGUAUUAAUAACAGUUGAAUACAGUCACUUUCUCGAGUAUUAAUAACAGUUGAAUACAGUCAAUUUCACAAGUGAAUCCUUGUAAAAGUGGGGAGAAUACAACCACAUAAGCAUGCAAUGUAAUAUUAUAGAAGCAUAGAGCAGUCCAUUAUAAAAGUUAUUGCUGAUUGGCAAAAUGUUUUAGCCCUGGGUCCUCUUGAACGAAAUAAAGAAAUGUUCAUCACCUAAAAAUCUUAAAGGACUACAGAAAUAUUACUGUAUACAUGUAUGUAUGACCAUCGACAUAUUUCACAAUAUUAUUUAGAUCACUUAUCAAUGUUCAAACAUGACCUGCAAAUAUUUGAUCAGUUUUCAACGGGGUCAUUGAAAAAUUGACCCCAUGGUCUGGCAAAGACUAAUAAGUUUUUGAACCAGCAUAUUUAAGGUUAUACAACUUUUGCAUUGUCAAGGGGCAAGGAUUCUGUUUUUUUCUUUACCAUUGUUUUUUAUCGUAAUUUGUGUGUGAUAUAAAUUGAUUUAGCAUGUAACAAUGACACUAGAAAGAAUUGUAUUAUUUUGAACAAUCUGACUGCUAAAGUUCAGAUCUACUUUUUUUUACAUGUAGGAGCGUAAUUUAGAGCUGAUUUUAAUCAGAUUGUUAUUUUGAAUUUCUAUUUAUUUUUGCCAAACUGACCUGAUACUUUGAGUACAUAUGAGCAGCAAAUAAUGUAACCUUUGUUGUUGAAACUUAUUACUCAAUGGCAAUUGAUCCCGGACAUUGAUCCCACUGGAUGGUCAUUUUCAUCUCACUGCUGAUUCAGAAAUGAAGUAGGAUCAGUUAGAUUUCGGAGAAAUUGGUAAUACAUGUACAGGAAAGUCGGCUAAUUAAAUAUACCUAGGAUAUGUUAAAAAUCAGGGUAAAGAAAUGAUAAAAAAAAUCCAUGAAAAAAAAGACGAUAAUUUCACAUUUAUUUAUUCAUUUGAUGACAUUUAUACACUUCGGGAUUGUUUAAAUUGCUUGUCAACAACAAUAAAUCUUAAAUUUCUUUAAUACAUGUAUUUAUUUAGUAUUACUCAACAAAACAAUGGACCUGUUGUAUGAUGUACAUGAAAUGAUCGAUUGCCUAUGUAAAUAUUGUAUUACGAGCACAUGUUAAUUAUUUUCUAUGUAAUAAUAACUGUUUGUUUUUCUUUUCUCUUCAGUUUUAUAUUAAACAAUUUGCAAAUUUGCAAAAAAAAAAAAAAUCUUCAGUAAAUAGCAUUCAUUAUCAG